UUGCGAACGCCACCUUACUACGCUGUAGAAUUGUGAACGAACCAGCAUUGAUUCUAUUUAUAUCUGCCAUUUUGCAAUCGGUAAACUCGAUUGCAUCUUUUCAUUCAAAAAUCUAAUUUCCGGAAACAAAUUUAAUUGGAUGUAAAUCCAUCGUGGAACGGUGUCCCUUAAUGAUAAACCGACAACCGGUCUCAAACGAUUUUGGUAUAAUCUGUCCACGUCCACAGUCAACAUCGAGAAGCUAUAACAAGAAAGAGAUAAAUUUUUUUUCUACCUUACCAUCCCGACUAGUGAGUCAUAAUUACACGGUAAUGACAUUUGUGUCACACGCGGUACACUACAUUUCACCUGCUGAGCGUUUUCUCAAGGUCUCUAUAUUUAUAUGCAUCUUGAAACAAUUUCAUUUAAUGCGCCUACACAUCAUUGAUGGUUGUGUAUUAUACAGCAUUUUUUAGAUAAUAUUUUAAACAUUAUUAUUUUAACUCAGUUCAAUUGGUGGACAGUUUUAUUUACACUGGACCAUUUUUAUUCGUCUACUAGCCUUGUCCUCUCUUAAAGAUACAUGAUGCCAUUGUAUCAUUAAUGAAAUAGAAUAAUUUUGAGUUAUAUUUAAUUUUUAAAACAAUUUUUUAAAGUAUUAAACAAAAUUAAAAUAUUGCCAAAAUGAUGGACAUUGAUCCUCCACAAUUUGUGUCCAAAGAUGAUGAAAUUCAAUAUUGGAUGGAACUUGCUCAUCAAAUACAUAGAAGGAAAGAGGAUAUAGAAAGAGAAUUGGAAGAAUUUCAAGAAAAUUCACAAUUGUUAGAAAAAGAACUUGAAGCAUCAUUAGAACAAGCAGAAAAAACUAACAGAGAAUUACGACAACGAAAUACAAGACUAGCUACUGAAGUUGAACAAUUAAGAACAAGAUUAGAUCAACAAACAACAGAUUGUGCAAUGUUUCAAGGAAAAGCUCAGGAUUUACAAACACAACAUGAUCAUUUAUUAAAGUACAUAAGAGAAUUAGAACAAAAGAAUGAUGACUUAGAAAGAGCUCAUAGAAUAAAUAGGGUAACAGAAGAAGAAAUAGAAGCUAAACUUAAUUCUGCUAUUGAAAAGAAUGCUUUGUUAGAAUCAGAACUUGAUGAAAAAGAAGCUUUAAAAGUUAUAGUACAAAGACUAAUGGAUGAAAUAAGAGAUUUAAAACAGGAAAUUCAAGUACAAGAAAGGCACCAACCAGAUAAUGAUAAAUCAGCUGACAGAGUUCGGAACCAUGUUGAUAGUAAUAAACUUCAAGUUGAAUUGGAAACACACAUGUCGCCUAGUAGUCCAAUAGUACCACAAUCUAUACCUUCAAAUAAUACAACAACUUCACCAUUAAAAAUUGGAAACAAAGUUGUAGGAGGUGUAACUGGAAACAACAAUAACAAUAAUAAUGUGAAUCCACCACUGACACCAUGCACAAGAAUAUUAGCAAUGAAUAUGAUUGGUGAUCUUAUGAGGAAAGUUGGUGCAUUGGAGAAUAAAUUAAACACAUGUCAAAAUCCAUCUCGAGAGGAUCAAGCUGUCCGUGAUCUUUACAGGACUAGACGCCAAGUUCGAGGUUUUGCCUCUGGCAACUGCAACCACAUUCGAUUAUAAACAACGGAUAAUAUUCCAACAAAAAAUUUUGUGCAUUAUAUUUGUAUGGCUAUACAUGUUAUUUAACUAAAAAAAUCUCAUUUGCUAAUUUAUUAUAAAUCUAUAUGAAAAAUGAUAUCAUUUUAA